CACGAUCAAUCGCUGGUUAUUACUUUUCUUUCCCCUCUCUCUCUUCUCAAUCGACGAAAAGUUGAAUCAUUCACGAACCUUCUCGGAAACCUCCGCUCAAUCCACACCACCACGCCAUCACCGAGUCUUCGUCUUCGUCUUCGCACCCUUUUUCUCCUCCGCGUAGAAUGCGAUUCUUCCAAUUGCUUCAAGAUCAGACGAAAAACGAGUUAGGGUUUUUGAUUACGGUUUAGUUAGCUUGAUGGCGGAUUUGGAAUUCGACUUCCCGCCGGCGCCGUUUCAGGACGGCGCCGCCACCUCCGAUGACGAAAGGCUUGCCAUGGAUCUUGAAUCCAUCCUCAGCGUUCUCGAUGAAGAUCGCGAUCCUUCCGAGAGUAGUCAUGAAGAUUCGUCCUUGAAAAAUGUUUCACCUGGUGAAUAUUGCAUCAAUGAUAAUUUGCUACUUCAGAAUGGGAAUUUUGUGGUUGACCGUGAACAUGAAAACCCGGGAAAUUCAUCACAGUCUUGCUCUUCCCCAAAUGGUUACAAGGGCUCAUUCUCUUUGGUUGAAAGUGAUGAGGUUUACCACCACGGAGAAAGGACAGGAGUUUCUAAAUGUGCCAUACCUGUACACAGGGUGGACGCAAAGGCAAAAUCAAAUUACGUAGCUGUUUACAGAGAUAAUUUGAAUGUGAGUCAGUGGAAGGGUGAAAAUGAUGGCCUAAUCCAGCAUGGAGGAGAUGAUGUAGAAUCUAAAUAUGCUUCACACACCUCUAUCGUUGAGAAUGUUGACGUAACUCUUGACAAUUACGGAUCAUUUUAUAAAGACAUAAUUGAAGAUUCUAUGCAGCAGGAAAAUGACUCCUGUACAUCUUUUGAAAUGCCAUUUAUGGAUGCUGAUAGAUCUACACCUGCUGCAACUCCAAUUGAUUCUACUAUUUUUCAUGGUUCCAAUAUUCCCAGUGAUUUUGGUGCCUACUAUGCAUCUUUGAAUUGUUACCAGGGUAUGGACAAUAGACCUUUUGUUCCCCACACUGAUGGUUGGUUGGCUAAUGGGGGCUGUCCUCAAGUUUGGAAAAAUGAAGAAAUCAUGGGGAACAUAGAGGUUACAAGAAUGGAGUCCUCCCCUGAUUCAACACAUGCGUGUAGUGCCAUGCAUUCCAGCACUACGGGUGGAAUAUCUUUUCAUGAUAAUCAAUUUAUGUUAGCAGACACUGAAUAUUCUUCAUUUUUUCCGGGUAAUGUUCUCAUUGAAAACAGUGCAUCAGUGCAACUUCCCACCGGUGCGUCAUACAUCUCAAGUGAAGGUCCAUCGCUUCAUGUCAAAGCUGAAAGAGAUGAACUGAUUAUGCCGUACCAAUAUUCUUUUCACAGCGAUGAUGUCAAGUUCAAUGCAGGUCAAGAGGUGAAACAAUUACCUGGCAUUUUCCCUUCUAUUGGAUGUCAGAGUUAUGAUUUUGUCAAAGGCGAGGCUAGUGAUACAAUUAUAACAACUGAGAAAGCCAAUUAUUAUGAAGACAUUAUAGAUGAAAGUGCUUAUAAAUUUCCAGGAAAUAUUGGAAAUUUGAAUUCAAAAUCCUUACAUAAGUCUUUGUCUAUUUCCCAGGCACCAGUUGCCACUGGGAAGCAAUAUAGUUUUGCUAUGAGUGAAGAAGAAGGUAAACCAGUCCAUAAUAGAAGUGUUGGUUCUAAAGGAAUUACUGAAACAUCAAAAAUUGAGGAUGACUCUGAUGUUUGCAUAAUUGAACACAUCAGCCACCCUGCUCCAAUAAGUCGGUCUGCAGAACUUGGGAAUCCCCCUAAUAUGUCACGAUCUUCUGGAUCUGGUUAUACCCAACCUCGUAUGGUGGGAGGCACAAGACCAAAGACACGUGAUGAACAAUACAUAUUACGUGUUGCUUUGCAGGAUUUAUCUCAGCCGAAGUCAGAAGUUAGUCCACCAGAUGGGUUGCUGGCAGUUCCUCUUUUACGACAUCAGAGAAUUGCUUUAUCAUGGAUGGUUCAGAAGGAAACAUCAAGUUUAUACUGCUGUGGGGGAAUUCUUGCUGAUGAUCAGGGUCUUGGGAAAACAGUGUCAACUAUUGCAUUAAUAUUAAAGGAAAAGCCUCCAUUGCUUAAUACAUGCAACAACAUACGAAAAAAUGAAUUAGAAGCUUUGAAUUUGGAUGAUGAUGACCCGCUUCCUGAGAAUGGUGUAGUGAAGAAAGAAUCUGAUAUCUGUCAGGACACGUCUAGUAGAAAUUCAAUCACAAGCAUGAAUUUGGCUGUGCAUGCUAAGGGAAGGCCAUCUGCCGGAACCCUGGUUGUUUGUCCAACUAGUGUCCUACGACAAUGGGCUGAGGAGUUGAAUAAUAAGGUAACCUGCAAAGCAAAGCUCUCUGUGCUAGUGUACCAUGGAAGCAACCGAACAAAAGAUCCUUAUGAGCUUGCCAAGUAUGAUGUUGUCCUGACAACUUAUUCAAUUGUCAGCAUGGAAGUCCCUAAGCAGCCUCUGGUUGACAAAGAAGAUGAAGAAAAAGGAAUUUAUGAAGGUCAUGCUGCACCAAGUAAGAAAAGGAAAUGCCCUCCUACUUCGAGUAGAAGUGGCAAGAAGGGAUUAGACAAUACGAUGCUUGAGGCGGCUGCUCGUCCUCUUGCAAAGGUGGCUUGGUUUAGAGUUGUCCUGGACGAGGCCCAAAGUAUAAAGAAUCACAGGACUCAAGUUUCAAGAGCCUGUUGUGGUCUUCGAGCAAAGCGCAGAUGGCUCUUGUCUGGGACUCCCAUACAAAAUUCAAUUGAUGAUCUCUAUAGUUACUUUAGAUUUUUAAGAUAUGAUCCGUAUGCUGUGUACACAUCAUUCUGUUCCACAAUUAAGCUCCCUAUCAGCAGAAGUCCAUCAAAGGGGUAUAGAAAGCUACAAGCCGUCUUAAAGACAAUAAUGUUGCGUAGGACAAAGGGCUCACUUCUUGAUGGUGAACCUAUCAUUUCCUUGCCACCUAAAUCCGUAGAGUUGAAGAAAGUGGAAUUUUCAAAGCAGGAGCGUGAUUUCUAUUCAAGGCUAGAGGCUGAUUCACGUGCUCAGUUUCAGGAAUAUGCUAAUGCUGGAACUGUGAAGCAAAAUUAUGUCAACAUUCUAUUGAUGCUUCUGCGCCUUAGACAAGCUUGUGAUCACCCUCUGCUUGUCAAGCAUUACAAUUCUAACUCUCUGUGGAAAUCUUCAGUUGAGAUGGCAAAGAAGCUUCCUCAGGAGAAACAGUUAUCCCUUGUACGAUGUUUAGAGGCUUCCUUGGCCCUUUGUGGUAUCUGCAAUGAUCCUCCUGAAGAUGCAGUUGUCUCCGUAUGCGGUCACGUUUUCUGUAAUCAGUGCAUUUGUGAACAUCUUACCGGUGAUGACAAUCAGUGCCCUUCUACUAAUUGCAAAACUCGACUGAGCAUGACUUCAGUGUUUAACAAAGCCACCCUAAACAGUUCUCUAUCUGACCAGUCAUGUGAUCAUUCACCUGGUUCUGUGGUGGAGGAAUCUGAGCCUUGUUCUCUUUCUCAGCCACAUGAUUCUUCAAAAAUAAAGGCUGCACUUGAGGUGUUGCAGUCAUUGUCUAAACCACAUGGCCAUACCUCCCCAAAACAUUUUGUGCAAGGCACUUUGAGGGAAAGUACUGACUGCUCUGGGAGCUCCUCUUGUGCUGACAAUGGGAAAUCAAAUGAUUUUUCUGAGAAUCAAAGUGUCUUUACCGAGGGAAGUUCUAAUGAUUCAGUUAGUUCUGUAGGAGGGAAAGCUAUAGUGUUUUCUCAGUGGACGAGGAUGCUAGACUUGCUUGAAGCGUGUCUUAAGAAUUCUUCAAUUAAGUACAGAAGGCUUGACGGAACGAUGUCGGUUAUUGCAAGAGAUAAAGCUGUCAAAGAUUUUAACACACUCCCUGAGGUAUCUGUUAUGAUUAUGUCUUUGAAGGCUGCUAGUCUUGGUCUGAACAUGGUGGCAGCCUGCCAUGUUCUUAUGCUAGAUCUAUGGUGGAAUCCCACCACUGAAGAUCAAGCGAUAGACAGAGCUCAUCGCAUUGGACAGACUCGUCCUGUUACAGUUUUGCGGUUAACUGUAAGGGAUACGGUUGAAGACCGUAUUUUAGCUCUACAGCAAAAGAAGCGAAAGAUGGUUUCAUCUGCAUUUGGAGAGGAUGGAAGUGGUAGUGGUCAAAGCCGUCUUACAGUGGAUGAUUUGAAAUACUUGUUCAUGAUGUGAUUAGUUAUACAUCCUUACAGAUAUAAUUUUAAUUUUUUGAACUGGUGAUUUUUUUUCCCUGGGAGCAGGCGUAUCUAAGUUGUUCUUUUGGUGGCAGCAGAAAAAAACAGCAAAAUUUUCUAACAUGGCCUCUGUUGAUACCUGACAUGAAGAUUGUGUGAAUUGUCUUAAUUGUUCAGAGUGAUCUAGAUGAUUCAGUCGUUUACCCUGAAAUUUUGAGUUAGUCUUUAUUGGAUAAAAUUUUGAGGUAGUCUUAAUUGGAUAUUUGUAUAGGUCGUAGGGAGCAGCAGCAUAGACAGCAACAUAGAAUUUGUUUUGAUUGUAAAUAAUAGAUAACAUUUCUUCUCUUUCAA